AUGAAUUUCUUUGAAGAACACGAUGAACAGAACAAUAAAAAAACCAAAGAAUUACUAUUGCACGAAAAUUUCAAAAAUAAUAAUAUUAAAUUGAUGUUUAUUUCCAAUGCCGAUAAAACAACCAGCUCUGUACUUUUAAUCAAACUAAAAACACUUUUUCAAAAGCAGCUAUCAAAAAUGCCUAGGGAAUAUAUACUUAGACAAAUAUUUGAUUCUAAACAUAUAAACCUUAUUAUAUUAAACAAUAAAGAUAACAUUGUAGGGGGUAUUUGCUACAGGCCUUUUUACGACAGAAAAUUUUUUGAAAUUGUAUUUUGUGCUGUAGACCAAUUUUACCAAGUAAAAGGAGUUGGAAGUUUUAUGAUGGACAUUUUAAAAGAACAUACAAAAAAUGAAAUUUAUAAAUACACCACAGAUUAUAAAUUUACAAAUCAAAUAAUACAUGAUCUAAAUUUUUAUAAAAAAAGUUACGAUAAAUUUAUAGGUAAUAUAUUUUUUAUAACUUAUGCAGAUAAUUCUGCUGUAGGAUAUUUUAAAAAACAAGGAUUUAGUCAAAAUUUAUCAUUUGAUAGUUGGAUAGGAUAUAUUAAAGAUUAUGAAGGAGGGACAUUAAUGGAAUGUAAUAUCUUGUGGGAUAUUAAUUAUUUAAAUAAGUAUGAAAUAAUAAAAAAUAAAAGACAUGAAUUUAUAGAGGAAUUGAAAAAAUCUACUUCAUUUUUCAAAACUUACAAGAUAGAAAGACCAUUGUUUGAUAUUAGAUCUAUACCUGGAGUCACUGCAGAUAUGAGAAUAAGUACUGAUAAACGUAACAAAGAAAAUUGUUUGGAUGGAUUUAUUCAAUUAUUGAUUAAUGUAUUGAAAAAUGAUCCAAACUCUUGGCCUUUUUUAGAACCUGUCAAUGCUAAGGAUGUUCCAGAAUAUUAUGAGAUUAUUAAGUCACCAAUGGAUUUAUCAAGAAUUAAAGAUAAAUUUCAUAAAAAGUUGUAUACAAAUUUAGAUGUUUUUAUCUCAGAUGUACAUUUAAUGCUUAAUAAUUGUUUUAAGUUUAAUGCUAGGGACACACAAUAUUAUAAGUGUGCACAAGCCCUUUUUGAAAAAUUUGAGGAAAGACUAAAAUUUUAUGAUGAAUCUGUCAAGUUAUGGAAUCUUAAAAAUUAA